AUGGAUUCAAGGAGGGGGAAAAAUGUUCGAGGUCCACCGGCACCGAUACGAGGCAAUUUUCGUGUACCACGAAGAGUAGACACGGCUCAAUAUCAACCUCAACAAGUCGACCCCUCACAAUACUAUAUUCCUGACCCACCACCGACUACUCAACCUCAACAAGUCGACUGCUCACAAAACUAUAUUCCCGACCUACCACCAACUACUCAACCUCAAUAUCAUUACGCCUCACAAUCUCAUACGUCGUAUUUUCCCCCUCCUCCACGCACAAUGCAUCCCCCUCCCCCGCGCGCAAUGAUUCCUCCUCCAAGUACCCGCGCCAAAGAUUACGAGUGGUACCAAACGGCCGAGAUUGAUUUGGAGUGGUUCGAUCCAUUUGAUCGCUCAACGAAUCCUCCUCCCCCUACCUGCUCGCGUCCACCGAGUCCCCUCCCCACCGAUGAUGAUGAUGACGCCAUUCCCGAUACACAAGAAUUUCAAAUAGAAGAAGAGGUGGCGUUGGCAAAAGCGUGGAUUCAUAUUUCCACAUGUAGAGUAGUCGGUAAUGAACAAGGACAGGACAAGUUUUGGGAGCGAAUUUUGGAGCAUUUCUCGAAGGAGUUGGAUGGUACAACUCGAACAAAGGAUAGCCUCAACACCAAGUGGAGCAUUAUGUGUACGGCAAUAACAACGUUCAAUGGAUGCUACAUCCAAGCAGAUGGUGUAAGGAAUAGUGGAUGUGAUGAUAUACAUGUGAUGACUGAGGUGCUUAAGGACUACAAAACAAGAAUCGGGAAGGAGUUCACGAGUAUUGCAGCUUGGAAGGUUGUCAAAGAUGAAGCAAAGUGGAAGGAAACAAUUCAAGUUGGGCAAACAUCUUCGGCCCAUUCGGAUAAGCGAAGAAAGUCGUCAGAAGGAGGCAAUUAUGAGUCGUCUAGUAACAAUGACGAUGCCACUGUGUUGCCGGAUUUGAAUGAGUCAAGCACUCCUAGUAGUCGGCCAAGAAAGGGCCAAAAGAAUGUGGGGCCGUCGUCGUCAAAGGGGAGAGGUUAUUUUUCAGCUUUUACGGAGGAGUACGCGGAGAAGAAAAGGCAAAAUAUGGAGGAAGCGAACAUGAAGAAGCAAACAUUGUUGGACUUACAACUCGAGCAUCAAACUACCAAGACCAAGAGGAGUGACUACAAGUUUUUCAACACCCCACACGCGACAUCCGAUCCAAGAAGCAGAGAGUGGGCGAUUGAGCAAAAGCGGGAGAUUGCGGCGAAGUAUGGAUGGGAGUUUAAUGAGUGA